GUCGUCCGCCCCUCCAACAGCGACGGCGGCGGCGGCGGAGACGGCAUCACCGGUAGUCGCGCCGCCGGGAACGACUACGAUUCCGGUGAAGACCGCCGGGAUCCUCUCCCGUCUUAUCGCUCGGAUCGAUACUCCGAUGACGCCGCUUUGAAUGUGCCUGCAAGAACUUUGGUCUUGAUGAAGGCAUUCCGGUAUGGGUUGGUUUUAAAAAGUCAGGGUUUUGGAUUUUUGAUGGUUAAUUAUGUCUUUGGGUAACAAAAGGUUGGAAUGGUUUAUGCCUGGUGAAAGUACUGGUUUUAGUAGAGUUAUGUAUCCAUGCACCUCAUUUGUGACGAAGGGUGCUUUUAGGUAAUAUUUUGACAUACUUAUGGGAUAAGAAAAGUGGCAGCAGUUUCAGUUUGGAUUGAGGCUUUCAGUUGGGAUGUGCACUUGAGGAUUUACUCAGCAUCUGAACUUGGAAUGUGCUUACUACUAUCGUUUUGGUAAAAGUUCCUUGUACCUCAUCAUAUUAUCAGUCCGUGGCUACGCAUACUGACUGGUGGGCUGUUUUCCGUGCCUGGGGUUGGUUGAUCGGGUCCCUACUCCCUCUUGUCUGAUACAGCUUGGUCACUUUCCAUGUCGAACUUUGAUGAAGGUGGUUUGUGUUUUUUCCUGCGUUAGGGCUGAUUGCAUUUCAAAGUGGUGUAGUUGGAAAUUUCAUGAAGUAUUUGGUGGUGGCUAUAUGGAAUCUGAUUUGAAAAUGGUGAAUACCAUUGAAGUUAAAAUGCGGCAUAGCUUGUUUUGGUUGAAGGAUCUGUUAAGAUUCUUUUUUGUCCUUUUGGUGGGUGCUGGGACAGUCAAAUGUCCUUUGCUGCUUCAGUUUUUACUCAGCAAAAUGCCGGAGGUUGGGAAUUAUUGCUCAUGUCAUUUGCAAUGUCUUUGAAAUACUUUGUUGCCAAUGUGGUUGGCAAGUGGUGAAUUGGUAAUGGAUUUGGGGAAGACUACACCUUAGGAGAACAUCUGCACGGGAUACCCUUUUAAGAGUCACAGAGAGGGAUAUUAAUGGAAUCCAUAGGCAAUAAGGGGUGACAAUGGCAUUUGCUCCAAAAUUUUUCUGCUGGGGAUGAAUUGCAUCAUGCUCUAAGUUAACCAGAAAUGUGGAUUAAGCAGGAAAUAUAUUUUAUUGAUGUUUGGGAUUUUUGUCAAAUUUGUUGCACUCAAUGGAUGAGUUUUGACUGGAAGGGACUGGGUUCAUACGUUGGUGUAGUUCGAUGAGUAGCACAUUGUCACCUUUUGGUUCUUUCACGGGUUUACAUCUGCUGCUUGUCGCAGGUGCGGUUCAUCUGGAGGUCCUGUGGGGUUUUGUUUGGACGAUGUCUUUGAUUUGGUUGGUUUAUUUUAGCCAUGCUUUAAUUUAUUGUAGACUGUGGAUGUGGAUGUUCUUUGUCGUGGCUUGAUUAUAUGAUUAUGUUAAUGUUGCAUUAAUGGUUUGGGAGGUCUUUCAUCUGCUUAGGGAAAUAUUAAUUCACGGAUGUAGUGGUUUGCACGGUAGACUUGAGGUACUUGAAUCUAGGAAACUAUGGACUUUCUGAUCCUGAAGACCAUAAAGGGCAUCCUAAUUGGUAAGAGCAAGUGGUGCUUGGAUCUCACCUUCUGUGGUCAGUCUGUAUGUUACAGCGGGUGAAGUUAUUGAAAAGUAAUGACUACGCCAUCAAUUGUAUAUUCCAUCCCUGUCUACCUUUUAUCUGAUUUUCACGAUACACAGCCAGAGGAGCUGUCUUGACAGCUGGUAGCAGUUUUCAAAAGUCAGUUGGGUUAUCAGUUGACGCUUGGCACUUUCAUGGAUCGCAUGCUACUGGCUAUCAUCACUACAUUAAAUCAUCUAAUUUUUUAUCAGUCUAAUUAUGUGGACAUUUCUGGCUUGUUUUUGUCCAGGAUUUAGAAUUCGCGCAGGUUCUAUAUCUCCUGUACGUCAUAGGAAUGCAGAACGUCGCUAUAGUCCAGAUCUUGAUCGUCCGCCGCGUGGCCGUGAAUUUGGCGGCAGGAGGGAGCCUGGUAGGUUCCAAGACUCUUCUCCCCAUUAUGGUAGAGGAAGGGGCGGUGGUAGGCUCUAUGGCAGGGGUUUCGAUGGUCCUGGAUUGGGCCCUCGGCCGUUCAGAGGUGAACCCAUAGCUAGAAACAAUCCUAAUGUGCGACCAAGGGAAGGGGAUUGGUACUGUGCGAAUCCUUCAUGUGGCAAUCUGAACUUUGCGAGGCGAGAUCACUGUAACAACUGCAACAGACCUCGCACUGGACACAAGGGUAGCCCCAGAAGGGGCUAUCUGGCCCCACCACCUCCAUAUGCUGUUUCGAGGCGUUUUCCUGGGCCUCCAUCACAUCGUUCACCUCCUAGGUCCAUGAAUGGGUACAGGUCUCCGCCUCGUUCAUGGGCUCGGGGUGGGCCUCGAGAUUUUGGCCCUGGUGGUCUACCCCCUCCCAGGCAUGAAGUUGGAUUCUCUGAUGACUACAUGCGAAGGGAACCUGUGGACUAUCCAGAAGAUGAUUAUAGGGGAAGGAGCAGGUUUGACAGACCAAUGCCGACUGACUGGGCCCACAGAGAUCGUGGAAGGGAUAGCUUUAUAAGCGAAGGAAAAAGCUUUGAGAGGCGACCACUAUCACCUCCUCUGCACCCACCACCACUUCCUCCGAGUCAUGACCGGUGGGCACGCGACAUCAGGGAGAGGAGCCGUUCGCCUAUUAGGGCUGGCCUCCCACCAAAAGAUUAUCGUCGGGAUCUCUACAUGGAGAGGGGACGAGAUGAUCGCCAUGGCCUGGGUAGAGAGAGGAUUGGUGAUCCUUAUUAGCUGAGACACGAUUUGCUGCUACAGGUCCGAUUUUUGCAGGCUUUGAGGUAAUUGUGUAAAGGAUGUUGAUGGUUGUAGGGGUUUGUAGGGAUGUUGGAGCUAGAAUUGUACUGCUUGUGAUGAAGCAUUUAUGGUUUCGAAGUGUGUACGUUAUACAGUUGUUUGUGGUCUGCUUCUCUGUGACUGGUUAUUCAAGACGGAACUUGCAGAGAUUUUUCUCUCCAGCAACAGGUUGCUUGG